UCCCCGACGAAGUCAAACAUCCCCUGGGCAGAGACCAACCCGGGCCUGUUGACACUACCCGUCGCUAUGGGAGAGCCGAGAGGCAUUCAGCUAUGACCAAAAGUUUCGAUUCAGUCAGCUCCACGCUGAAAAUUGACAGACAAUACAGCCAUAACAAUAGGUGGGGCUGUAGUAAUAAGGAUGCAUUUUGCUCACGUCAUUGUCUCUUUUCAUUAGCUUGCCUCUAGCGGACUCGGGCUAUUGAGUUUCGACACUCUCGAGAGAAAACACGCUGAUACCAGCCGCAUACAAAAGCCGAAACAACUUCGCUGGAGUGGUAGCAUAAUUACUCUGCAAGAGAGACAUUACAUUCAGCGGUAGUCAAUAUUAUUGAUAACUGUCGCGGAGAUCUGGGGGCGAUUAUAAUGAAUUAUCGAUGCGUUUACAGAGGAUCAUCAAUAAUUAUUCCAGGGCUGGCAAUCUUUCAUCUCCUGGGUACAACGGAACUCCUCAGAGGACAGUUACGGAGUUGCACUUGACAUUUCAAGAACCUCAUGACGUACGUCUAUGCGGAGUAUGUGAAACGGAUAUCGACAUUAUGAGGCGAUUGUUACCGGGGUCUAAUAUAGGAGAUAACUUUAGAUAAGUGAACAACGCAGAAAGCUGAUAUUCCUCGAAACGCCCCCUCUGAUGCUGUCAUCUAUGUUGUAUUGCACUGCUAUAGUGCCACAAAGAGACCAAUGAAAAGUGCCAAAGUUUUCGGAAAUAUAAACAUCUGUUAUAUUGCCAAGGGAUUAUGAUAUUUUUAAGUGGAUCAUCACAUUCUGAGAGUAAAGUCUGGAAUUUCAAAUAAAUUGUGAUGUUAACCUGCAUUGAUGUAAACUGGAUCAAAUUGUGAAGUAGGAACCAACCAUGGGUUCGAAAGGUGAGAAGAAAUCGGGAUUGGUGGGUGAGAAAUCCCACUCGGUGUAUUCAGCCAACUGGAAGUUGGAUGCAAUGUUAGAUAAAGAGCUAAACAUGUUGGAUGUCUCAAAACAUCGAGUAGAACACCGCAUCGCAAUGGACCAAGUGGUCGCUCAAAAACGCUUCCAGACGAAACUGCAUCAUUCCAAAGUCUUCCACGCCAGGAUGAAGGGUGACAGGGAGAUGCUCAAGAAACUCAUCACCAAGGAUAACUAUAACUUCAACACGAAUACCUCGUCUGUUGAUGUCCUCAAUAAGCAGAGAGAGAAGGACCUGUCGAAGAAGCGAGCGCUUCAUCGACAGUCGCAGGAUCGGAUGAUGACGUACCGGAACGUAACCCCGACUCCCGCGCAAUCGUCAACGAGGCCUGACCUGCCAGGCGACGAAACUCAGCCGUCUACAACAGAUAAAAAGUCUAGCAAAGCAAUUCGACCAAUGACGGCUAUCGAACGGAUCACCCAUGCUAAGCUACUAGCCACGGGGCAAGCCAACAAGGUUCGGCCCAGUACAGCCGGUGUAGACAGAACUAGAACUAAGGUAAUAUUACCGAGUGUCACCAAAAGACUUGCUCCUCUGAGCACCUCAGAGGUGGCGGACAAAAUGCGAUCAAUACCUGAAAAUAACUUCCUACGAGAUGGAAAAGACCUCAAGGAUGGAACUCAGAAGAUAAGUCCCCAUGAUAAACAUGAGUCACAACAAAUUAUCAUAAAAAUAACGGAAGCAGAGGAUGAUAACGCGCAGAGAAAAGAAAAUGGCCAAGAGGAUGAAAACAAUAAUCAAAUCAAUCCUGAAACAAACACGAAUUCUGUUGAAACAACUCAAAAUGACAAGACUUUGCCCGGGGAAAUCACGACCGACAAGGAAAGUGAACAAGUUAAUAAUUCUGCAAAAGCCUCCAUAAGCGUGCCAAAGAAAUCAACCUUGAGACCUAAAACUGCAAGUGGUACCAGUUCCAGAUCAGAGAAGCGGAAAACAUCUGCCAAAUUUUCGAGACCUCGGACCUCACUAAAGGUAUCCGAACAAGAACGCAGUGAUCAAUCCGACAAUGAGUCCACCUCGAAUGUUAGCCAUCGUCUAGGUUCACCCCAAUCAAAGACAGGACGUUGCAAGUCCGCCGCAAAGUCGAAACGGAAAAAGAGCGCAGUGAGUAUAUUCAGUGAUGAAAAGCCUUUGACGAUCAUGGAUGUUGACGAAGCGAGGCACCAGCGCGCCAAGCACGGGACACGGAUCCAGGAAUAUGUGAACAGCCUUGACAGCGUCAAGACAGACCCUGAUCAGUUUGUUGAUUACUACAUGGCGCGGUUGCUCGAAGAAUCGUCGAUCUCAGGUACGCAGAAGACCGUCGAGCGGAUCAGGGAUAUGCCAGACUCCGAUUACGACGUUGAUCUAGCGAAACGGAGCCUGGGGAACCUGGGAGCGAACACGAUCACCUUCCGUGAUGUUAACCGGAAGUAUGAUGAGUACGAGCACGAUCCGUACACCCCGCUUCAUCCGACGUCGAUGGCGUACGGAUUGGCGUCAAGGACAAGUACGACUGGAGGACUUGCCAAGCAUGAGAGUCAUGUUUCUAUACCAACAUCAGCAUGGCAGGGUUAUGAUUCGGACACAGACUCGGAUUAAUGGGCAUCAAAUAAAUGGGAGUUCAUACGUGGCAACCUGACAUGGGGAAAAAAGAUAGCUUUACACCGUUGUCAAGGGUACAAAUAAUUUAGUUGUUAAAUGUAAUUAUGAAGAUUAACAAUAGCCAAUAUUCAAAUUGUUGUUGUGUGCGAUCCUAAAUUUUCAGGAAUAUGAAACCAGUCGUAAACUCUUAAUGAUAAAUAUCAUCAUAAAAUCAGAUAAUCUAAGUUUGUCUAAAAAUAGUCAUCAUCCUUGAUCGAACAGACAUAUGCAACUAGACACCAGACUGUUUUAUCCUUGAAAUCUCAGCUCAAGGAGAUUGUUAGUGCGUUCUUUGAGAAAAUAAGUUUGGUCCUUUGGUCCACUAGAGAAGCCUUAAAAUGUUACAUGUUUGUCAUUGCUCGAACCCUUUAUGUAGCUUACAUGCAUGGAUAACGAGGAUUACUUAUAUGCUCCGAAACGAAAACUUACAAAUGUUUUAAUCUCCUUUGCCUCAGGACCCUGGCAAGAAGAAUAAUUCUGAUUAACCCUGUAGAGAGAAUACAAAGUACAUCGACCAAACGUUACCGUUUUAUUAUUGCUAUUUUGUUUUUGAAUGACGCCUGUUGCUUGUUCCUAGCAACAGUAACAAAGCAUCGUGAUAGUAGAAGUUUAGUGUAAAGCAACAUUUUGAGAAGGGUGCCUUUUGCACGUCUCCAUUUGACAUAGAUGUAUUGCGUUGAAGCAAUAUUGACGAUAAACAACUCUAUUUGAUUAUGUCUAACAUAUCUUUGAUUUCAUAUUUGUCUAAUAUACGAAAGGUGAGAAAAGCGGACUCUGAACCGUCAAACUCAUUGUUAAAA